GUGUUUGUACCAAUUGACUUUUCUUCAGCUCAGACUUCAGAUGUAAGUCGGCCAUCGCCCUCUUUCAGAAGAAUGGAUAUAGUCCCAACAUCAAUGAAGAUAGGCGCCACCUGCCGGUCGUCACUAGUGUGUUUGAUGUUUAUACCCAACAGCUUUUGUGAUUGGAACAGCGAAGAAUGCAGAUGCCGCCCGUACUAUGUGUUAUAUAACGAAACGACCUGUCUCCCUCCGUCAUUGCUGGGAUUUGGUUGUGCAGUUGACGAUCAGUGUCAGUUGAAAGUGAAGGACAGUGAAUGUGUGAAUGGUUUGUGCCAAUGUCAACACGGCUUCCUGCCCCUACGAAGAGACAAAUGUUUACCACCGGCCAAAGUGGAUGAAUACUGCCUCAAUCCUGAGCAGUGCCGUAUAGCGGACAAAUAUACCUAUUGUGAUUGGAUAAUUCCUCGGAUUUAUGGGAAAUGUCGUUGCCCACUUGGAUUCCUUUAUACAAAGGACAAUCGAUGCUUACCGCAUCUGGGUAAUAAAUGUAAAAGCUCCCGAGAUUGUGAAGAAGCGACACCUGAUAGUCUUUGUCGUAAACUUGGGAAAACCUCAGUUUGUACUUGUCGUCCGGGUUUCACACCGUCAAAAAAUAGGCUACGUUGUCGACUGGAUGAACAACAUACUGAAACAUUGACAUUACAUGAGACGGAAGAGCACCUAAGCCUCAUUACUGUGGUGUCCUUGGGGAAACAAUGUUCAUCUACAGUUCAGUGUCAAACAAGAGACCCAUUCAGCAUAUGUAAAGAAGGUAUCUGCCAGUGUAUUUUUUCAACUCCCACGUGUAACGCUUUAUCAACUGGUUGCCACAACGACACAUUUCAGUGCAGGAACGGUGUGUGUAUUUCAUGGUACUUUGUCUGCGAUGGUCAAAAGAACUGUGCUGAUGGAAGUGAUGAGGACGAUUGUGUCCCACACAAUUGUCCAAAAGAAUCUUUCCAGUGUAAGGAUGGAAAAUGCAUUUCCAGAGAAACUGUGUGUAAUGGGAAGUGGGAGUGUCCGGAUGGAAGUGACGAAGCUCAGUGCUAUAGAGGUGUUUCUUGUGACAAGAAUGCCUUUCAGUGUAGCAGCGGUCAAUGUUUGCCACAAUAUUCCUUUUGCAAUGCCGUCACAGACUGUUUGGACAAGAGUGAUGAAAAUCCGGACCUCUGUGACAAAGGAGCUUCCUGUCCGUCCAAUAGUUUCCGUUGUUCCAAUGGGAAGUGUAGAUCCACUGCAAUCCUAUGUAGUGGACUAGAUGGAUGCGGAGACAACAGUGACGAAAACAGAUGCGAAGUGUGUU